UUUCUUCUCACGGCUCAAAGCUCUAUAUAAUAAAAAAAAAACCGGCCCGAUCCGACACACGUGAUACCAUUUCACCACAGUUCUCAAGCAACCAAACACCCCCCCUCAAAUCAAUUCUCCCCCCUUUCUUCCUUCCCCAUGGCUGCUAUUCUAUCAAUCAACUCUGCUAAACCCAUUUCAUGUUGGAUCUCCAUUCUACUAUUCCUCAAUUUCACCUUAUUAUCUACAUCAUACUUGCUAGUUCACCAUCUCAACAACAAUGACCACAACUAUCACCACUCACGACCAACCCUACAUUCCAAUAACUCCCGCUGCUCUCUCUUCAUGGGCACUUGGGUCCACGACGAUUCCUACCCGGUCUACCAGUCCUCCGCUUGCCCCGUUAUCGAUCCCGAUUUUAAUUGCCAAAUGUACGGCCGACCCGACUCCGAUUACCUCAAGUACCGCUGGCAACCCGCCAAUUGUAACCUCCCCAGGUUCAACGGGCUCGAGUUUUUGGAAAAAAUGAAAGGGAAAACAAUAAUGUUUGUGGGAGACUCGUUAGGGAGGAACCAAUGGGAGUCGUUGAUUUGUCUGACGUGGUCAUCGGUGCCACGUGUCGCCACACAGGUGAUGAGAGGAUAUCCGCUUUCUACAUUUAAGUUUUUGGAUUACGAUGUAACAUUGUCGUAUUACAAAGCACAGUAUUUGGUGGAUAUUGAUUCUGUGGGUGGUCGUAGGGUGCUUAAACUUGAGGACAUUUCCGAAAACGCCCGUGCAUGGACGGGCGUUGAUGUUCUCAUGUUUAACACCGGUCACUGGUGGAGCCACACGGGCGCCACCCAAGGGUGGGACGUGAUGGAAUCCGGUGGGUCGCUGUACCAGGAUAUGGACCGUAUGGUUGCGAUGGAAACGGCUGUAAGGACGUGGGGCCGGUGGGUUGAUUCGAAUAUUGACACUAGUAAAACACGAGUUUUUUUCCAGUCGUUCUCGCCUACUCAUUACAUCCCAUCAGAAUGGAGUGGAUCGGCCAACACGAAGAACUGCUACGGCGAGACGGCACCAGUGAGCGCAUCGGUAUUCUCAGGGGUGUACCCGAACGAGAUGAAGGUGGUGGACGCCGUGCUAAAAGAAAUGCAAACCCCGGUUUACUUGCUUGACAUCACAACUCUAUCGGCGAUGAGAAAAGAUGCGCACCCGUCAAUCUACAGCGGGGACACGAGCACUGGUCAAAAGUCCAACCCCAACGGCACCCCUGACUGCACCCAUUGGUGUCUUCCCGGGUUACCCGAUACGUGGAACCAACUCUUCUACACCGCCUUGUUCUUUUAGGACCGACCCAUUUUUGGUAUUUUCAGUCUAGGUACCAAUUUAGAAUCGAAAACAAAUUUGAAAUAUUGAGAUAAGUUAUUUAUUGUUUACUAGGUUAUUACCCGUGUGACACACGGAUUGAACGGUAAAAAAAGAAAA